CCUCGCUUCUUGCUUUCCCAGCCAGCAGCUCAAGGGUGGCGGCGGCGUUUGUUCGGGCUUUGCCAUGUCAGUCUCCUCAAUCUGGCUUUACAGACUCUUGCUGCUGGAAGUGUUGGGCCUGAUUGGGGUCUAUUGGGAAAUUGAAACCGAGUUUUCGGUGUCCUCAAUCCGGUUCUCUUCAACCCCCUUGCGAAUUGGCAACGGAGGCGGCUUCCUCAGAAGCAUGAGGAUGCAAGGUUCUCCGGGAAGUCCAGCUCCGGCAGCAAGACGUUUGCGAUCAGACAUGGGGGCACCUGAAGCGCCAGAUUUCGGAUCUCAAGAAAUCAGAACAGCACGCCUGUACAUUCAAAGGUCUGAUGGAGCAGUGCCAAGUCUUGUGAUCGUUGGAGCUGACAAAGGCGGCACCUCCGAAGCUUUUGCAAUGCUAGCACGUGAGUUCCAGGUUCUUGAUCCCGGCCACAAAGGCAAGAAGGAGUUGGGUUGCUUGUAUGAGGCAUGGAAUGGCACUCAAGGUGUUCACGACUGCUACCAAGAGUACUUCGGACAGCUCCAGCACAAUGACGACGAGGAUGUUUUGCCAGUCGAUGCCACGCCCAACUAUUACUAUUCCAACGAGUUCUAUGCCUUCGACAUUUCACCGCCUAAGAUCUUGGCGGAAUUUGCCCCAGAUGCCACCAUUGUGUUCCUUUUGAGAGAGCCGAAGAGUCGAAUCCAGAGCCUGUACAACCAUUGGUUGGUCUCGAACAACAGGCGUGAUCUCAGCCUCGCACUGGAAGAACAGCUGGAGGAGGAGCUGCAGUUUCUCAACGGCACUCAAAACCUGUUCGACGGCUUCGUUAAUGCCAGUGGCAUCGAGGACCAAAAGUGCAACAUGUGGAACGCCUGGUACGAGCUCCGCGAGAAUUAUCAAGAAACUGCUCGGAACCUCCGGCGAAAUCAGACAAAGGAUGUGGACAGCAAGCGCAUCACCUCCUUAAUCCUGACCUCCAUGUACUUCCCUUUCAUCCACACGUGGGUCCAGUUUUUUGAUCGGGUUGCUGUGAUGCAAAGUGAGUACUUUUUCGAGGACAGAAAUCGGCUUUGGCAACUGCUGCAGCUCUCUCUCUCGUCUAGCAGCCCUGCUGAGCUGCGUGCGGAGAACCAGGCGGCAAGCUAUGACGAGAAGUCCAAACUCUCGAAUGACAUGAAGGAACGCUUGGAACAAGCCUUCCAGCAGCCGAAUGCUUUGCUGUUCAAGUACCUCGGCAAACUGGAAUCACGUGGUUUCUCCGUGUUGCCGAGAGUGGGAGCCUCUACUUGGUGGACGGCUAUCGAUCCGACAGGCUCGAGGCAAUCAAGAUUGCUCGCUUGAGGUGACGGUCGACGUUCUUCCAUCGCCUUUGGAGGUGAGGAGGAUUGAGAGAUCGUGUGGCUACUUUUGUUGAGACUCAGCGCUCCUAGUUGCGCAGCCUCAAACCUUCAAAAUGAUGGUUGCAUGAGGUGGAUGAAGGGCAUCGCUACUAGUAACAAAGGGC